CGUUAAAAUUUGCUUUAAUUUGAAUUAUUAAAUAAAAAUUAAUUAUUUAAAUUAUUAGACUGAUCAGUGGACACGCAUAGAUUUUCACAGGAGUGUCAAUACCCUUCUAAUAAGGAUAGUGAUCUGCAAUAUAUAUUGACUGCAGGGAAGAUUAAUCCGCAUAAUUCUUAAACCUACGGACCCAAGUUCACUAUUGCGGACACACACACAAUGACAUAUUACACACAUACAAUGCAUAAAUACACAAUUGGGGAUUGGGGAUUGAGGAUUGGGGAUUGAGGAUUGGGGAUUGAGAAUUGGGGAUUGAGAAUUGGGGAUUGGGAAAGAGUAUUGUUUUAAACAUCUCUUUUUCCUUGAUUACAUCUUUGUAAUCAAAAAUUUUCAUAACAUCCGUUAUGAAAAUGUCGGUAUGUCUUGGUGUUUGGAAAUGAUAAACAGCAAAUCUACAGAAAGAAUCAACGCGUCUCACUAUUGUGUACAGAAUAUAUUGUACACUUACAGAGAUAAGAAUAAUAAGUCUGACACAAAACUGAAUAAGACUUUAUGCAAGGCGCAUAAGAAAGAAUUAAUUGAUACGAUUUUGUCAUAUUUGUUAAAUUGGCUUGCUUUGGUGUCUGGAAAUCAUGAACAGCACGUCUACAAAGAAAGUCAACCUGUCUCACUAUUGUGUACAGAAUAUAUUGUACAUUUACAGAGGCAAGAAUAAUAAGCCUGAUUCAAAACCGGAUGAGAAUUUAUGCGAGGCGCAUAAGAAAGAAAUUGACACGAUUCUGUCAUGUUUGCUGAAUCAGCUUGCCUUGGUGUCUGAAAGUGAUGAAUAACACAUCUACAGAAAGAGUCAACGUGUUUUAUUAUUGUGUACAGAAUAUAUUGUACACUUAUAGAGGCAUGAAUAAUAAGUCUGAUUCUCAAAACCGGAUGAGGCUUUAUGCGAAGCGCAUAAAAAAGAAAUUGAUACGAUACAGAAAAUUUGGAAACACGAAUGAAUACCGCCGUAUAUGUAAACAUAUGAAAUGUAUACAUGUAAAUGUAUUAAACAAAUAUGUAUAUAUCGCUGUACAGAUAACUGUAAAUAGAACAGAAUAAAUGUAAAUUUACAAAAAUUA